AUGUCACGUGUCACCCGCGAGGCCUUCUGCAGUUCUUCCAGGAAGCGGCGCUCCUCGUGCCGGGGUUGCAUUGCUCCGAUGCCCAUUGUGAUGCGAAUGGCAAGAACAGCAACCGGAGAAGUCGUGAUGGCUCAAGUUGCAAAAGACUGCCAGGUCCUGUCUGUGCCGGAACAUGGGUGUGGUGGCAAGGAUUUGGGGCGCCUUCUCCUGCUCACGGCGCAGAACAGACACCGGCCAAAAUGUCCGAAGCCCUGA